CUUUUGUCAAUAUUUGCUUCUGUAUGAGAAAUAUUUUCGAUUGGAUCGCAAUGAUCGACGUGAAAAAGAUCAAGGAUACGCUCGCUGAUCGCUUUUUAAUUUUUCUCGAUCGCAUCAGCAAAUCGUACUUCGAAAAAUAAAUAUGCAUCAAGUCAAUCAUAGUCUUCUUUUCUCCGCCGUGCGAAUGUUUGAUGCCAACCAGAACCAGGUCCGCGACCCAACUUCAAUACACACCACCCCAUCCCCCCCAAAAAAAGUUUCGAAUAACCCAUAUUAGAUUAUUUUACAGUGUAGCAAUCGUUCGAACGGAAACGACAAGAACGAGUAGAAGUCGAAAUCACGGCAACCCAUGACGGCCGAACCCGGGCCCGAGCGGGCCCCUGCUGCAGGAGCCGGACCGCCGGCGUCCGCAACACGACCGGCCACAGCGUCAUCAAAGCCACUUACACCACAGCCAGAAGCGAGCUUGAUGCCGUUUUACAUGGUCAUGGUAUAAUUCCACGACACUCUGAGCGUUCUACUAUUCUUCUACAUUUAGCUUGAGAUUGCGAUACUUGGCCGCGCAUUUUGGUGUUGAAUCCAGCAGCUGCAGCAUCUCUGUCAUUGCAUGCUUGAGGACUACAGCGACGUUCUUGCUCGUCCUUGCAUGAACAAAAAAAACUUCAUACACAAGGUUUGCAUCGCCGCGGGGUUAGCUCAAUUUGUGCAAGGACAAGUUGCCAACCUGCGCGCCGCAGAAGCAGACUGGGAUCCAUCACCGAAAAACAUGCCAGAUAAUCAGGUACUGAAUCGUACGUUUUUCGUCAAGAAGAAGAUUGCGUAGUGCCUGGGUCGUGAUACAUGUGAUCAUGAUCUGACUACGAAUUAAUUUGCAUGCGCGCGAUUUUUCUUUUUUAUUUUUUGCAUAUGCAAGAACACCCAGUGCUCCUGUCCAUCCAUGCAGAAUUGGAUCUUCGUUUUUGCAUCAAAAGUCAUGAAAAACCACCGCAGGUGAUCGUGAUGUACUGCAACGGCUGA